CAAACGUUCGUUGAAUUUGCACGAGAAAAGAGUAUGCUGUUUGAUAGGUGGUGCACAUCGAAUAAAGUGUCAGAUUUUCAUGCUUUACGUGAGUUGGUUUUGUUAGAGGAAUUUAAAAAUUGUACUCCUGAGCGUAUUGUGGUAUAUCUUAAUGAGCAAAAGGUGACAUCAUUGUCCCAGGCGUCUGUUUGUGCUGAUGAGUUUGUGCUGACUCACAAGGGUGUUUUUACUCCUGCUCACACUGAAAAGGUUUUGUCUGUUCCUGCUGUUUCGAAAGAUCAAUGGCGUUCGAAAAAUAUUCCAAAAGCUAAGGAAGGGAGGGAAUGUUUUUACUGUCGUAAGUCGGGACACCUUAUUGCUGACUGUUUGGUUUUAAAACGCAAGGAGCAGGGUGUCAGUACUAAAAGUGUCGCCUUUGUUAAGACUGUUGAGCGCACGGACUGUGAGAGUCGUGAUGACUUAGGUUUUAGUUAUCAGCCUUUCCUGAUGGAAGGAUUUGUUUCUGUUAGUGAACAACCUCUGGAUCAAGUCAAGGUGACUAUGUUGCGGGAUACAGGGGCGAUGCAGUCGUUUAUAGUGGCUGAUACAUUACCAUUCUCUGAGCUUACUUUUUGCGGAAGUCACGUGCUAGUACGUGGUCUCGAAAUGAGUACUAUGAAGGUUCCUUUGCAUCAACUUUAUUUGAAAUCUGAUUUGUUUUCAGGACUUGUGAAAGUUGGAGUGCGUGAUAGUUUACCAGUGCAUGGAGUGAACUUCAUUCUUGGUAAUGAUAUAGCAGGAGGUAAAAUUUUUCCUCUGCUGGAAGUCUGUGAUAAACCUGUUUUGUCGGAUAACACUGAUGAAUUGUUAGAGAACUUCCCUGAGGUUUUUUCUGUUUGUGCUGUGACACGAGCACAAGCUCGUAAAUUCGAUGAUGUAGACGAUUUAUCCUCCACUUUCAUGGUACCUACGGUUGGGAACGAUGUUCUUCUGGCUGAGAUCGGUAAGCCCGAUGACAAAGUCAUUGUUUUGAAGCCAAAUGAUUUAGAAUUACAAGUCACUAGUGAGAAAAUUAUCGCAGCUCAAAAGGAUGAUUUUUCUCUGCAAAAGUGUUUUUCCUCUGUCGUUUCUGUGGAGGCGGCACGGAAGAGGAGAAAUGCUUACUAUAUGCAGAAUGGGUUGCUGAUGCGUUGGUGGUGUGCGGAUGUUGGGGGUGAUUCAGAUUGGACUUCUGUGGUCCAAAUCUUCAUUCCUACGUGUUAUAGACAUUUAGUACUAUCGCUGGCUCAUGAUCAUGAUUUGUCUGGGCAUUUAGGUAUUAAGAAAACGUACCAUCGAAUUCUGAGACACUUUUUUUGGCCCAGAAUGAAGGCUGAUGUGGCCAAAUUUUGUAGAACAUGUGUGACAUGUCAAUUUUCAGGUAAGCCAAACCAGGUGAUUCCGCGUGCACCGCUUGUUCCUAUACCAGUGAUGGGAGAGCCUUUUGAGCAUGUUAUUGUGGACUGUGUUGGCCCCCUACCUAAAUCAAGAUCUGGUAAUCAAUACUUGUUAACAAUAAUGUGUACAGCGACGCGUUUUCCCGAAGCGAUACCACUGAGGAAAAUUACGGCGCCGGUGAUUAGCAACGCGCUUGUAAAAUUCUUUUCAAUGUUUGGAUUACCGAAGAUUGUGCAGUCUGAUCAAGGUACCAAUUUUUUGUCAAAGAUUUUUACACAAGUGUUAAAGACUUUGAACAUUUCUCUCAGAAUUUCGAGUGCCUACCAUCCAGAGAGCCAAGGAGCUUUGGAACGGUUUCAUCAGACCAUGAAAGCGAUGUUACGCCGGUAUUGUAUGGAUACGAGUAAAGACUGGGACGAGGGGAUACCUUUAGUUUUGUUUGUUGCUAGAGAAGCAGUACAAGAUAGUUUGGGAUUUAGUCCUGCUGACCUUGUUUUCGGUCAUACUGUGAGGGGUCCUUUAAAGAUGCUUAAAGAAGAUAUUCUAGCUAGCCAGUCGAGUGCUACAACCACGGUGCUGGAUUACGUGAGUAAAUUUCGUGAGCAACUGCACAAGGCUUGUACAAUGGCACGAGAAUCAUUACUAAAAGCUCAGGUGGCAAUGAAGAACAAAUUCGACCGUAAAACUGUUCAACGGCAUUUUAAGGAGGGUGAUCAGGUGCUUGUUUUAUUGCCUGUAUUUGGUUCUGCCUUGUCGGCACGAUUUUCAGGUCCGUAUGAAGUGAUUAGAAAAAUGAGUGAUACUGAUUACGUGAUCGGUACUCCAGAUCGCCGAAAGAAAUCACGUGUGUGUCAUGUAAAUAUGCUGAAGGCAUAUCAUGUUAGAGAGUCAUCGCAAGAUGUUCUGAAAGUUAAUGAGUCGAGUACAUCUUGUGCUGCUGCGCUUGCGUGUGAGACAUUGGAUUUCACUGCUAUGCAGGACAAGGAGGAUGAUGGAGUUUUGGUACGACACACAUAUCAGCAGUGCGCCAGGUUGUAGAACUCUGAGGUGCUGGCUGAUUUAGAUUCUCAUUUGUCUCAUCUGUCCGAGUCUCAUAGAAACGACGUGAAAAAAGUAAUUCAUGACUUUCCUUCAUUAUUUAAUGAUGUUCCUUCUCGUACUACUAUUCUGCAACAUGACAUUGACGUGGGUAAUGCCGCCCCUAUCAAGCAACAUGCUUAUAGAAUGAAUGUUUUUAAACGUUCUGUGAUGAGAUCUGAAGUUGAGUAUUUGUGUGAAAAUGGUCUAGCUAAGCAGAGUUUUAGCCCAUGGAGUUCUCCGUGUUUGCUUGUGACUAAGAAUGAUGGAUCCGCUAGAUUUUGCACGGAUUAUCGAAAGGUAAACGCAGUAACUGUUCCUGAUUGUUUUCCCCUACCUCGUAUGGAGGACUGUGUGGACAAUCUGGGGUCCGCUAAAUUUGUCAGUAAAUUAGAUUUACUGAAAGGUUACUGGCAGGUGCCUUUAACGUCACGUGCAUCUGAAAUUUCUGCUUUUGUGACCCAAGAUUAUUUCCUGCAAUAUUGCGUUAUGGCGUUCGGCAUGCGCAAUGCCCCAGCCACAUUUCAAAGGCUUAUUAAUAUUGUGCUCGAGGGUGUCCGAAACUGUAGUGCGUAUUUGGAUGAUCUUGUAAUUUAUUCACCUAAUUGGUCCGCACAUGUCUCAACGUUGAGAGAGGUAUUUGACCGCCUGGAUAAAGCUUCACUGACAUUAAAUUUGGCCAAAUGUGAAUUUGGUCAAGCUACAGUUACGUAUUUGGGCAAAGAAGUGGGUCAAGGACAGGUAAGACCAAUAGAGGCAAAAGUGACUGCAAUUGCAGAGUUUCCAGUUCCUGCUACGCGCAAGGAACUUCGUAGAUUCCUUGGGAUGGCCGGUUAUUACCGGAGUUUCUGCAAGAAUUUUUCUACUGUGGCCAAUCCUCUGACGUCACUCCUUAGCCCUUCAUGCACUUUUCUGUGGAACGAUGAGUGUCAGAAUGCCUUUGAUAAUGUCAAAGCUUUACUAUGUAGCACACCUGUUUUAUCAGCUCCUGAUGUUGAACGAGCUUUCAAACUUGAAAUCGACGCAAGUUCUGUUGGUGCGGGGGCAGUGCUGGUGCAAGAAGACGCUCAGGGUAUUGACCAUCCAGUAUGUUACUUCUCACGUGGGGCUCAUUGGUUGGUCGGCAGGUGUGUCGUUACUAUCACACACGUCAUAGAAGCUGGUGGACCAAUCCGAUGGCGCGCUGCCGGGUUUAAAAGGCCCAUUCACAAGAAGCACGGAAGAUUGUUCUUUUGCCAGAUUUCAGCCAGCUCAUGUGAAUUGAUCUGUUCCUCUGCUCCAAAGUCAUGAACUGUUGUUAAUGUUUGAGUUAUGCCUAGUCUCUCUGAUGUGAGUAAUACUCCUUCGUGUUUGUUAACUCUGAUGUUGUAUUUGCUUGUGCGUGUAACAUAAUCUGUUUAGCGCAUUUUGUGUGUUGCUACUGAGUUUAUUCUGCCGAUUGUGGAAUGUACAGCGUGAACCAACGGUAGGCAGUUUGUUGGAAUUGUUAGCUAGGCGGAGAGUGAUCGCCACUGUUGUAUUUAUGUUUGUUAGUUAGAAUAGUUUAUCUAAGGCGGCGAAUCCGCUGAAGAUUUCGGGGUUUAUUUCUACAUUUUACUUUGCUAGUUAGUUUAGAGGUUGGGUAAACUAGCUAUGGUAUUUAUGUUUUGAUUGUUUAAUUACUUUGGCGACACUCUUGUAUUCUAUUCUUUAUUAAUAUUUUCAUCUUUUAUAUUGUUUGUUUUGGUCCUGGUAACUGCAUCCACUAAAGAUUAAACGUCUUGUAUUAU